AUAGAUUGAUAUUACCAGAUUGGUCACUAUUCAACGGUUUACAAUUGCGCUGAUGUUUUACCAUAGAUAUCAAGAAAUACAGUGAGAAUACAUGUUAGCAAGCCUUAUAUCCAGCAUCUGUUUUCCUUUUCUCCCUUUUCCCUCACAAGAAUAAAUCUUUUAUCGCAUAGCCCGUCACGUGACAACCUCGGACGUCAAAUUAUUGAUAGCUCCGAUACCAACACCACGAACACCACCCCAAUCUCCAAACAUCCCAGCCUCCAAAAACAAACAGCAAUGCCACCCCCCCUCCCUUCCCACCACCGCGGCAUGACCGCCAACCCAACCCGCCCAGCCCGCUACCGCCCUGGAAAACCAAUCGCCGAAGAACCGUCCUCAGACGAAGAAGAAGACGAAGAAGACGAGGCGGCUAUAAAAUCGAGAGAGGAGGAAGAGAGGGGGAAACACGCGGAGGUGCAGAGGCGACAAAGACAGCAGCAGGUGAAGCAGCCAAAGGCGAGUUCGUUUCCGGCGGGCGCGAUUACGAAGGGUGUUCAGGGUGUGAGGAUUGAGGAGCAAGAGCCGGAUGAUGAGGAGGGGUUUGUUACUGAGGAUGAGGAGGAUGAAGCGCCGGCAAAGGUAGUGCCGGGGUUCACUGGGGUGCAAGCACCUGCUCCUACAGUCAAAGACGAGGACGAGGACGAAGACGAGGAGGAAGAGGAAUCAGAAAAAGAAAGUUCCGAGGAAGAAAGCUCCGAAGACGAACAACCACGAGUCCUCCUCCGACCUACAUUCAUCAAGAAAAACCAGCGCAAACCAGACACCACCCAAGACACAACGGAAGCAGACACCGCCGCCGAAGCAGAAGCCCAGAUAGCACAACGGAAGGAAAAAGCCGACAUGCUGAUCCGCGAACAACUCGAGAAGACCGCCCUAGAACGCAGCGCUGCAAACCGCCAAUGGGACGAUGACGAAGCCGAGGUCGCGGAAGAAGCCGCCAUCGAUGAUACGGACGGUCUCGACCCGGAAGCAGAGCAUGCAGCAUGGAAACUCCGGGAAUUGAAACGUGUCAAGCGCGAGCGGGAGGCGAUUGAGGAAUCCGAAAAGGAGCGCGAAGAGAUCGAGCGACGAAGGAAUCUCACAGCGGAAGAGCGCGACCGCGAAGAUCGGGAGUUCCUCGCGAAGCAGAAGGAGGAGAAAGACGCUACACGCGGACAGCCGGGAUUCAUGCAGCGGUACUUCCACAAGGGUGCGUUCUUUCGUGGUGAUCUUGAGCGCGAGGGACUCGAUCAGCGGAAUGUCAUGGGCCGGAGGUUCGUCGACGAGGUCUCUCGUGAGACACUACCGCAGUACAUGCAGGUGCGCGACUUGACGCAGGUCGGGAAGAAGGGUCGUACGCGGUAUCGCGAUCUUAGGAGUGAGGAUACUGGUCGUUUUGGUGAGGGGUUGGACGGACGUCGUCGUCGUGAUGGACCGCCGGUUGGGGUUACUGAUGAGCGGUUUAUGCCGGAUCGGGGUGAUGAGAAGACUCGUCCAACGGGGGCGAAUGCUAGUGCUGUGAGGGAGCGACGGAGGUCGAGGUCGAGGUCGCGAUCAUUUUCUCCACGAAGGGACCAUGGAGACUCAUACAGACCUGGUGGCGGUGGGAGGAAACGAAGUCCUUCUCCGUAUGAGGAUCGGGACAAGCGUAGACGGACGGAGGCAUGAUUCAGUGUAUAAUAAUUGCUGCAUAUGGCGUUGGGGAGCAUUGCAUGGAUAUAUCUAGGUUACCUAUACGUUUGAAUCUACUGCACAUAUUAAGACUUUUCAAUUAAGCAGCCUGCUUAACGCCUGUA